AUGCCUGUCCACUUCGAGACCCCCACCCGAUUCCACCCAGAGAACGCGGCCCACGCACACCCCGGGUCCGCCUCCCGGAAGAGAUCCGAAUCCAUCCGCAAGCGGGCUCCCACCCCGGCCCCCAUCGCCCGGCGCUCUUCCGCGGCCUCCAGCUCGUCAACUUCGUCCUCGCGGAGCUCGGACUCCCUGAAGAUGACGCCCCACAGGAAAUAA